AUGCUCAGUGUCUCGAAGAAAUUCUUGCGUUCAAAUACAAAAACUACGCAUCAGACCAUGCCUGGCCUAUCUUUGAUCCUAUCUAGAUUGGAAGAUAGAUAUGCAAGCACAUGCUGCAAAGUGUGCAAUUUGUGCUCGAGAUCAGCACAUGGUGAACUCACUGUUACGUGUCAUUAUAACGCGGGAAAAUCGAAUCAAAAGAUGCUGGGCAGCUCUCUUGCAGAUAAGAGCGCGUUGGUAUUGGAGUUAGGGGCGCGUUUCGCGCGGUGUGGAGUAUCCGGUGAGCGCUCUCCUCGAUGUGUUGAGCCCUGGCAGAUGGGGAACAUGCUGCAAAAGCCACGGAGCGCGACGGAGUGGCACCAAUUUCUAUACCCGAUGCUAAACAAAGUGUGCUUUGAGCUACUGCUCGUCAAUCCAACACGCCGACACUUUGUAGUGUGCGAGGAUCUAUUACUUCCGCGCGUAUUCCGGACGACAUUGCUCGAUAUCCUCUACAAUAUGCUUAAGGCUUCUGCAGUGACGUUGGUGCCCUCGAUGCUGGCAGUUUUGUAUGCUACUGCCAACCAUACUGCAUUGGUGGUGGACUGUGGGUGGUCAGAGACAAGAGUACUGCCAGUGUAUAAAGGAAUUCCCUUGCCUCACCUUUACGAGACUGUUUCGAUUGGCAGUCGGGAUUGCUGUGAGAUUAUACAACGAGAGCUCAAUAAUUUGCAAGAUCAACCAAUGGAAAGUUCCCAGAUGAUUAUAUCUGUGACAGGAGCCAUUGCAGAAGAUAUUCUUGAGCGGGCGUGCUUUGCACAACAAAUAGAUCCACUGCAAAACAUUGUUGACGCUAAAUUUCAAAUGCAAGACAGUGCUGUGCUGCAGGUUCCGGGAAAUCUUCGCACAGAUGCAGUAGAACCGCUUCUUCUGGGUGGUGAGAAAUCGGAAGGAAACUCUAUCGUAGACGGCAUUGUAAACGUGUUAAAACGGACCCCGAUCGAUGUGAGAGCGGCCAUGCUGGAGAAUCUGCUUUUGGUGGGAGGGACUGCGAUGAUUCCUGGCCUAUUGCAUCGUGUACUUGCUGAAGUAUGCGAGGCGUUGCGACAAGACAAUGAGUUUGCAUCUGCCUCUGCUACAAUUGACCGCACGCAGCUCGUUCCGACUUAUUUUCCACGCAACAUGCUUGCCUGGGUUGGUGGUUCAAUUUAUGCUGCAACUGAAAGUGCGCGAAUGGCGGCCAUCACCUCACAAGAGUACAGCAGUUCCAAAGGCACUUGUAUCCCAGACUGGCUCACUGUCGCUGAAGACGAAUUUUAA